AUGGAUUUGGUGAAGGUGGUACAAUACCUCUCCGCUACUUUAUGCCGAAAACAAAAUCAAACAGCUGGCUGCCAAGCGAAUGUAAAUGGUUUUGAAAGAAAUGAGACAGGUCUUGCCGAUCAGAAAAACCUCACUCAUUGGAGAACCGAACGGAAAAUAUCAACAAGUGUUCCUGUAGCAACUGCUUUCAGCAGUAAAAUCUAUUUGUCCUUUUAUAACCGUAUCACAUUGGCGUUCAGCUGCAGUUGUUUCCCUUUCUCAGCUAAAAAGAAUUUACUUCGAGUAACAAAUUUACUGGCUGCUUUCAUUUGUAAUGGAGGGCCUUUCCGAAACACGCAAACCAAAUUCGUACCACCAUUAUCGGCGGAAGAAUUGAAUGCCCUCAAUCAGAAAGCGUUUUGCUCUCAGAGUAACCAUUUGCUAUGGGAGAAAUUUGGUUUUUAUAUCUCUUUUACAGUUCUCAACUUUCCUAAUUUUAUGAGCAUAAUACGACCCAUUUUAAUUUAUUCGGUCAGUGAUAAAAUCAGUGGAAUUUUGUUUAAUUAUUUAGAAACCCCACAAAUUAAAAAAAGGAGAUUUUGUCAAAAUAUCCUCCUACCUGCAAAAGAAUUACAUUAA